GUUGAACGAAAUAAACGAAAACAUUUAUUAGCGGAAGUCUGCCUAUCGGCUGUAAAGUGCUGGACACUGAUUGGAAAAAUGGCAGCAGAAUUUCUCGCGGAAAAUAAUGUUUGCGGCCAAACUAUUCUUCAGAUUGUAUCUGAAGGCAAUACUAUAAUUUGUGAGCUGUUACGAUUAAAGGAGUUUAUACCGGAGGUGUUUUGUUUAAAGACUAAAGAUGAACAGCAGCGAUACGGCGAGCUUAUUAUGGACUUCAGCUACUUUCAAAUCGCCGACGCACAGGAAGCAAAAAUUGAAGCAGAUGAUAAGCUUCAAUACUUGGACGAGGAGAUUCGGGACAAUUAUCUUGUCAUUUUGAAUCGAUUUUAUAUUGUAUUUGAGAGCAUUCAUAAAUAUAUCAAAGAGUUGAAUACUUUCAUAGAGGAAUUAAAUGCGGGUAUGUUUAUUCAGCAGUCAAUGGAAAAAGUUUUUCAAGACGGAGAAGGCAAACAAUUACUGUGCGAAGCGCUUUACCUAUACGGUGUGAUGCUGCUAGUGGUAGACCAACAAAUUCCGGGUAUUGUGCGUGAACGGUUACUUGUGUCCUAUCACAGAUAUAGUGCAUUGAAAACGGACGGCGAUAGUAACAUUGACGAAAUUUGCAAAUUACUUCGCUCUACUGGUUUUAACGACGGGAGCGCCAACAAAAAAAUGAUUUUGAACUAUCCAGAAGAUUAUUUCAGCAGGAUACCGAUAAAUUCUACCUACGUGGAAAUGGUCAUUGGAAGGCUUCGCUCGGAUGAUGUCUAUAAUCAGAUAGCGGUUUAUCCUCUGCCAGAGCAUCGCUCGAUCGCACUGGCUAACCAAGCUGGAAUGCUUUAUGUUUGCUUAUUUUUCGCUACAAAUACAUUACACAAUCAAGCGGCUCGAAUGCGAGAAAUCGUAGAUAAGUUUUUCUCGGACAACUGGAUAGUUUCUUUCUAUAUGGGAAUAACAGUCAAUUUGCUAAACUCGUGGGACUGCUUUAAGGCAGCUAAAUCUGCGUUACUCAACACAUUCGAUACUAAUAAUUUGAAAGAGAUUUGUGCCAAACAGAAGCGCUCAAUGGACACGUUGCUUGGUCGGACGAAAAACAUUCUGAAAGAGGGCAAUCUAACGGAGCAAAAACUACUGGACAAUAUUCCGAAAGUUACUGCUUUAAUUCGCGAAUGCAACAUAACCGUACGCUGGGUAAUGCUGCAUACUGGACAGCCAGUAAUCGAAUAUGGCAGUCCGAGUUCACUGAAAAAGUGUCAACAGGUAAAGACACUGAUCGAAAGUGAUAUCGAUUUCAAAGGAAUUGAAUUUUUUGAAUUACUUUUGAAUACGGCCCAAUUGGAAGUACGAAUAAGAGAAAUUUUUAAAACAAUUCUAGACGAGCGAAUUCAAAGGUGGGAUAGUUUCAAACAAGAAGCUUGUGAGCGGAUACAGGAUUUAGCGGAUGCUUAUUCAGGCGUGAAACCAAUCGGUAAAAUGAAGAAGAAUGAUAGUCUGAGCAAAUGGUUUUUGAACAUUCAAAAAGAAAUUGCCGGCCUCAGCAAUGAACCAGCGCGUUUGAGCGUAUCAGGACGUAAUAUAAUUCAGUUGAUUCAAGCUUUAGAAGAAGUCCAAGACUUUCACGAUCUCAACAAAAACAUGCAAGUGAAGCAGAAUAUGCUCGAAACUCGACAAUACCUGCAUCAAAUGUUUCACACCAUUAGCAUCAGAGAGGAUGAUCUCAUCAAUCUUCAGCUGAUUGGUGAUUUCAGCUAUGCCUGGAGACUUAUUGACAGCUACGCUCCAAUGAUGCAGGAAAACAUUAAAAAGCAGCCUGGAUUGGUUAUAAAACUCAGAUCAACCUUUCUUAAGUUGGCUUCUGCCCUAGAAAUCCCUCUACUUCGGCUUAACCAAGCAGAAAGUGAAGAUCUAAUGGAUGUUUCCAAAUAUUACAGCAACGAAUUAGCAAAUUUUGUCCGCAAAGUAGUUCAAAUAAUUCCGGAGACUAUGUUCUCGAUUCUUGCUCAAAUAGUUGAUUUACAAACCAACGUUAUCAAGCAGAUUCCCAUGCGAUUGGAAAAGGAAAAAAUGAAAGAGUAUGCGCAGUUGGAUGAAAGAUUUAUGAUUGCAAAGUUGACAUACUCGGUGUCCACCUUUACCGAAGGAAUAUUGGCAAUGAAAACUACAUUAGUCGGGGUUGUCGAGCUGGAUCCUAAGCAACUGCUGGAGGAUGGCAUACGGAAAGAGUUUGUGAAAAAUGUUUCGGAUGCAUUUCACAAAACACUCGUUUUCAAUCCCAAAGCAAAAGAGUCCGAACUAGAGUCGAAAUUAGCGACAUUGCAUAAAAUAAUGGAUGGUUAUAAAAGGUCAUUCGAGUACAUUCAGGACUAUUUGAACAUUCAUUGCCUUCGCGUGUGGAAUGAGGAGAUGCAACGGAUUAUAAAUUACAACGUUCAGCGCGAGUGUAACCCGUUCAUAAGAAGUAAAGUUCAAGAAUGGAACUCAGAAUAUCAAAGCACUACCAUUCCGAUUCCGAACUAUGAACCCGUUGACAUGGCUUCAGUAACGUUUGUAGGCCGCCUAGCCCGAGAGAUACUAAGAAUUACCGAUCCCAAAACGACCACAUAUAUUGACAUAUGCGCUACUUGGUAUGAUCAAAAGACUCACAAAAGCAUUUUAACGAACAAGUUUGCAAAUCGCGUAAAUGAGACUUGUGGACCUGCGGGACUGGUUGGCCUAAAUAGGUUGUACUCAUUUCUUGUAACAAAUGAGCUGGAAAACUUCCUAAUGACCGUACAGCGUAAGCUGCAGCACGAAACGACUUGGUACGAUGCGCUAAGUACUGUUGAAGCCGAAUUGCAGAAAGCUGAUUUCGUGGAAAAUCCCGCAAAAACCUACACAAAUUUGACUUCCAAUUUUACGCGAAUUUGGCCUCAAUUGCAAGACUGGAUUUUAAAAAUUGGUCAGAAGCAAAUUCUUCGUAGGCAUAUCGCUUCCGAGUUGAACUGCAGUUGCAAACUGAAAUCCACUAAGCUGGAGUCAUCACUGCGUGCUAUGAACGAUGCCAUCCUAUUGGAUAUCAAGCGGCACACUCUGGACGAGUCCAAACCACUGCCCAGCGCAGAUAUGGUAUUCGAACUGAACGAGUACUUGGAAUAUGCAGGCCUCUAUAAUCCAUUCCGAAAGAAGUACAUCAGCACAAAAAGUCCUGUGUAUUUACCACUGCUGGUGUUUCUGUUCGUAAUAGUUCAUUUACCCCGUUUUCAGUACAUGAAAAAUGUCGAUAGUCUGAUAGCAAAGAAGAAAAAUGAUGCCAUCGAUGGAUUUCCCACGAUAAUGGGGCUGUUGACCAUUUUUCGACAAUUUCAGAAUGGCGAGAUGGACCUUUUCGUACAGUAUACCUGCCAAUAUGUUACAUCAUUAGUGGAUGUUAAUUUAAAAUAUAAACAGGAAAUUUGUCAAGAGGCAGUAACGGCCUUGCGUUUUCUGGAAAUAUUUACUCGCGUUGCUGAGAUUCCCCGCAAACAGCUGGAGCAGUACAUUCCCGAGUCAGUUUUGAACCAAUACGACUUUUUAUCCGGAGGAAAGUCUUGACAAGAUUGGUGGUGCUUUGGUCAUUAAUUUUUUAGAUUUUGAAAAUGAUGAGUGCUCAAAAAUUGUUUGGGGAUAGAACGAAUAUGAUGUGAUAUUAAAUUUCUCAUUUGACUAUGUUGAUUUAAAAUCAAAAUACAUAAAUAAAGAAGGAAAUAUUAUUAAUGGGUA